CCCACCAGCGGCGCGCCUGGAGGAGCCGGGAAGCCGUAAGUCACGCUGCCGCCGCAAGUCACUGCCGUCGCAACGCUCUUCCCUAGAAUCAAGCUAAGUUUUUCCGUCAGAAGGGCUCGCAAAGGUACUCGCGUCCCACCGUUACCAUAGCGACUGGGCCUCCGGACAGUAGAUCCCGCUGCUUGCCAACAUCUUUGAGCUUCUGCAGCUCCGGAGGCUGGGGUAACUGCCGGCAGGUAGGAAACUAUGUGAAAGAAUCUUCUGAUGUAAUAAUUUCUGGGUGUCACUGGAACAUUUGAUCAUCAUUCCUUUGGCAAUUCCAGCCUUCUAUGGAAGGUCAGUAGAAGCAGUUGAUUUAUUCACCUCUACAGGAAUCAGACUCAGCCUAUUUUGGUUUUCAGUGAAUUAUGCCUUUUCAGUUUGGGACCCAGCCAAGGAGGUUUCCAGUGGAAGGAGGAGAUUCUUCAGUUGGGCUGGAAUCGGGGCUGAGCUCCAGUGCUGCCUGUAAUGGGAAAGAGAUGUCACCAACUAGGCAACUCCGAAGAUGCCCUGGAAGUCAUUGCCUGACAAUAACUGAUGUUCCUAUCACUGUCUAUGCAACAAUGCGAAAGCCACCUGCAAAAAGCAGCAAGGAAAUGCAUCCUAAAUAGCAUCAUUAAGCCUUUUGUAGAGGUUUGACUAGGUCAAGGGUAAUGGGCCAGUAUCAUCUUAUGAUCUGAUAAACAAAUAAAAGUGGUGGCACCUUUGGAUGAUGACAAUAGUGGAAAUAUUUUCUUUUAGUAGGAAAAGACACAAUGUCUUAUAAAAUUUGUAGUGAUAAGCCAUCAGUUAUGUUUGAUAGAUAAGACAGAAUAAUAUUUCACAAUUAGAAAGUACUUUAGAGAUCAUUUUGCUCACAGUGGAUCAUUAAUAUCAAUAAUUCAGGAUGAAGGUUAAUCCACCUUAAUUAUCAAUCAUGAAGGGCCUGUUCUAAAUACUUAAUGUGUUUUAGGCUGGUUUCUUUUGUUUAUAUUUGGGUUGCCACUUAGCUGAAUCCUUUCACUUGAAUACCCUAAGCCAGUUUCUGGCUUGAUAUCUUUU